AUGAGUGACCCUACCAAUCCUCACAUCGAAAACCGUACUACUCCCCAAUGGGCGCUAUAUCAGCGGGAGAACUUCUGGAAGCCCAACGAGGGCCAAACACCACAAUUCAACACAGAGCAGAUCCCCGCAAGCUCGAAGCCCGAGCCAAAGAACGACUCAGCGAAGGCGGCUGGUCCGUUCCAAGCCCUCUCCAGAAGCUCCAAGGUACACCGAAAUAACAUUCCUCUCAGGUACUACGCUUCAUCCAACGCUGGAAUGUCAAAUACACACCUAGCAAACCGUCAGGCCUUCUAUCGUCACCGUAUAAUUCCCAAUCAAUUAGUCGACACCAAUAACCGCGACACAACAACAACAAUCUUCGACCACAAAGUCUCAGCGCCAAUCGGGUUCGCACCAAUCGGUAUAAACAAGAUAUAUCACCCAUCCGGAGAAUCCGCCGUUGCAAAAGUCGCCGGCGAGCUGAAAUUACCAUACUGUCUAAGUACAGCCGGAAGCACACCCAUCGAGACAGUGGGAAAAGAAAACGGACCGGGCUCACCGCGGUUUUACCAGCUCUAUAUGCCUCAUGAUGAUGAGUUAACUCUUUCAUUACUUACAAGGGCGUGGGACUCUGGAUUCGAUGUUUUGAUCCUUACAACAGAUACGUGGCAACUUGGGUGGCGACAUGAUGAUGUUGCCAGUUCCAAUUAUGCGUUUUACCGUGGAUUCGGCGCUGAUCUAGGACUUUCGGAUCCGGUUUUUCGUAAACGGUGUGAAGAGGAUGGAUUCGACCCUGAUGUGGAUGUUGUGCGGGCUUCUAGUAAGUGGAUUGAUUCGAUUUGGCAUGGACGGGCGUGGUCAUGGGAGAAGAUUCCUUGGUUGAUGGAGCAGUGGAAAAGGAUCUCUGGUGGAAGACCGUUUGUUAUCAAGGGAAUUCAGUCGGUCAUGGAUGCGGAGAAGUGUGUGGAUCUUGGAGUUGAUGGGAUUGUGGUUAGUAACCAUGCUGGGCGGCAGGUGGAUGGAGCCAUUGCUAGUUUGGAUGCGCUGGAGGAGAUUGCCGAUGCGGUUGAUGAUCGAAUUUAUAUUAUGUAUGAUUCUGGAGUCAGAGGGGCUAGUGAUGUUGUCAAGGCUCUGGCCCUUGGAGCGAAGUUUGUGUUUGUGGGACGAUUGUGGAUUUGGGGAUUGAGUAUCAUGGGUGAGGACGGGGUGCGCCAUGUUAUGAAGUCGUUGUUGGCGGAUUUGGAUAUCCUCAUGGGUGUGGCGGGAUUCAACAGUGUGAAAGAUUUCUCUUUCACGAUCCUUGACUCUGGCCUCAAGUCUUACAAUUUACUGCCAGAAAAGGCAUUGUAA